GGUCUCGCAUAUUCUCUUCCUUCCGCCUCUCUUAACAAAAAAAAUCAAAAACUCUGUAAUGGCAAGCAAAGUGAGAAAUGUUAUCCUCUGUUUGUCAUGUUUGCUACUCUUCGUGGGGCCAUCUUCUUCUCUGCUAGAGACAUUAGUGCAAGGACAGGAGGUCAAGGAUGGGGAUGAAUUAGUUUCAGCUCAAGGAAACUUUAAACUAGGAUUCUUCACGCUUGAAAGUAACAACUACUACUUAGGAAUAUGGUACAACGACAACCGUCAACGCCAGGACAAUUUAGUGUGGGUUGCAAAUCGAGACUCUCCUAUCUUUAACAAUUCUGGAAGUCUUACCAUUGAUGAUAACGGGAAUUUGAAAAUUUCACACGGUGGGGGUCUUCCUAUUGUUCUAUAUUCAGGACAAGGAGGAAGUAACACAAGUGCUGUUCUACUUGACACUGGUAAUUUUGUACUGCGCGAACUGAAUAAUUCAGAGGAAUUGUGGCAAAGCUUUGAUUAUCCUAGUCACAUUCUUGUGCCUGGAAUGAAACUUGGAGUUAAUCGGAAAACGGGACAUACUUGGUCUCUAACAUCAUGGAGAGGAGUGGUGGUUCCUGACUUGGGCGUAUUUACCUUUGGCAUGGACUCCAACCAUACAAAUCAAUUGGUCAUCUUGUGGCACGACAACAUCUAUUGGACUAGUGGAUCUUUGGAACGUGGGCAUUUCACCUCAUCUUUUUCAGGUAUUUCAGAUUCUUACUACAAUUUUAGCUACAUAUCAAAUGAGAAUGAAACAUUCUUCAACUACUCUGUUGAAACAAGUUUCACAAAGUCGCCGCGGUUGGUGAUAGAUUACUUGGGAAGACUUUCUGACGAUAGAGGCAUUCUGGUUGAUUGUAUUUCUCGUUUCUCUGGUUCAUCAAAAGUGGAAAGAUGUAUGCCGGCGCAGCUUCCUGAGUGUAGGAGCCCUGAUGAUGUAUUUUAUUCACAUUUCACUUUCAUGUACAAUGAUGGAUUCAAGUUCAGUGAAAGUGAAAACCUGACUGUCAUGGAUUGUGAGGCCAAGUGCUUGAACAAUUGUUCUUGUGUUGCCUAUGCAUCUACAAUCGAGGAUGCCCAAACUGGUGUGAGAUUUGGACUAGCACACCGGCAAGAUUUAAUGGAUCUUUAAACUCAAAUGCAAGGACAAUAUACUUCCUUAAUUCAGCAAUUGGCUUGGUAGUUAUGGAAUGAAGGUAAAAGUAAUUUAGAGCUAAUAGACCCAACAGUACUAGAUGCAUGCGCCAUGCCCUCCAUUUGAAGUAUCGAGAGGCAUUCACGCUAGUCUCUUAUCUUUACAGGAUCAGGUAAUGGAUAGACCCACCAUGCUGGAUGUUGUUUCUAUGCUUCAAAUGAAACUCUUAAACUAUAUCCUCCUAAACUACCUGCAUUUUUUACCAACAAAGUUGCAGAAGAGUCAGAGGUUUUAGAAACUAAGCCAAAAAACUAUUCCAUAUGUUGAGACUAAUGCAAGCAGUAAACGGCAAAAGGAAACAGAGCUUAAACGACAAUCAAGAUCAAAACAGAAGAAGAAAAAUGACACACCACAAGGAUAAUGCCUCAGCACGUGUGAAGGAAAGAAAGCAUGUGAAUUAGAAGUUAGAAGCUCCAGCUGUCGUGUAUUCACUAGUGUAAUUAUAAGUGAUAGUUAUACUGUUAGGAUGGUUGUUAGAAAAGUUAGUUAGAGUUGUUAUUUUGGCGCCUCUUUGCAUCUCUGUUUGUACAUGUAUA